UAAAAACAAAGUGAGGAGGUUUUGUUCAGACAAGACACGUGAUAUUUUUCAAAGUGAGAGUUGUCUGCAACCAUGGUGUCGGUGUCAUUUCUUCACACACUUCUAGCCCUUCCUAUCUUGAUAGUACUUCUGUUCAUGAAAUACAAAACCAAUAUCAAGAACUCAUCAUCAACCUUUCCAAAAGGUCCAAAAGGCCUUCCCAUAAUUGGAAACCUCCACCAACUUGACAUAUCAAAUCUCCACAUUCAAUUCUUGAAUCUCUCAAAAAUCUAUGGCCCUCUUUUCUCCCUUCAAAUUGGUUUCAAGAAAGCCAUUGUCAUUUCCACACCUAAUCUAGCUCAACAAAUUCUCAAAGAUCAUGACCAUCAUGUAUCCACUAGACCUCCAUCACAUGGCACACAAGUACUCUCUUACAAUGGCAUAGACAUGAUCUUUUCACCAUACAAUGAUUGUUGGAGAGAGAUAAGAAAAAUCUGUGUUGUCCAUUUUUUCAGCUCCAAAAAAAUUUCUAGCUCCUCUCAUAUCAGAAAAUCUGAGGUCAAGAAAUUGAUUGAAAAGAUCUCCAAGCAUGCUGAAUCUUCUAGAGUUUCAAACCUCAGUGAGAUUCUUAUGUCUGUCUCAAGCUCUAUGAUAUGUAGAAUUGCUUUUGGAAAAAGCUAUGAAAAUGAAGGAGGUGAAAAAAGCAGGUUCCAUGAUUUACUCAAUGAGACACAAGCUAUUUUCCUAUCCUUUUAUGUUUCAGAUUAUAUUCCUUUCAUGGGAUGGAUUGAUAAACUCACAGGCUCAAUUGCUCGUGUUGAUAAAACUUUCAAGUCAUUGGAUGAGUUUUUUGAACAAGUGCUUGAGGAACAUCUUGAUCCUAAUAAUAAGAAGAAAGAAGAUGAAGAGAAGGAUAUAGUUGAUGUUUUGCUUGAGUUAAAAAAUCAGGGUCAUCUCUCUAUUGAUCUCACCAAUGAUCACAUCAAAGCUGUUCUUAUGAACCUACUUGUAGCGGCUACGGACACGAGUGCGGCCACAUCAGUUUGGGUGAUGACAGGACUAAUGAAGAAUCCAAGAGCAAUGAAGAAAGCUCAAGAAGAAGUGAGAAACAUUUGUGGCAAAAAAGAGUUCAUAGAUGAAGAUGAUAUUCAAAAGCUUGUAUAUCUCAAAGCUGUGAUAAAAGAGACACUGAGAUAUUUUUCACCAGCACCACUAGCACCAAGAGUGACCAGCAAAAGUUUCACUCUAAAUGGAUAUAAAAUAGAACCAAACACAUCAGUGUAUGUCAACAUUUGGGCCAUUCAUAGGGAUCCCGAUACAUGGAAAGAUCCAGACGAGUUUUAUCCCGAAAGAUUCUUAAACAACGAUGUUGAUUUUAAGGGACUGGAUUUUGAGUUGAUUCCGUUCGGUGGUGGGCGGAGAAUUUGCCCGGGGAUACCAUUGGCAAUCGCGACGCUGGAAAUGGUAACUGCGAACCUUCUGAAUUCGUUUGAUUGGGAAAUGCCUGAUGGGAUGACGAAGGAAGAUAUCGAUAUUGAAGGGCUGCCGGGACUUGCUAGACACAAGAAGAAUCACCUUUGCCUUGUUGCAAAAAACCACAUGUGAAUGUUACCAGGAACUAUGAUGUCUCUGUAAACCUUGGAAAAACAAUUGCCUUAAGAGUUGUUAUGUGUGAUUUGUGUGUAGUUAUGAGUACAUUAGUUCUGUUUAUAUUAAUAAAAGUUAAAACUUGUCUCA